AUGAGCGAGUCGAAGCAGUGUACUACUUGCCAUAAAAAUUUUGGCAUUCUUACAUGUAAUGGGUGUCGACAAGCUUUCUGCGGUAAACAUGUGUUAGAACAUCGGCAAUAUCUAACGAAUCAAUUGGAAGAUAUCAUGCAAAAUCAUGAUUUGUUAUUAGAGGAACUUCAACAUACGAUAAAUGAGCAAGUUUUAUUGGAAAAAAUCAAUCAAUGGGAAAAGACAUCGCUGACUAAGAUUCAAAUUAUUGCUGAGAACAAUCGAAUUGAACUUCGACGGUUAAUUGAAGAUUCGAAUAGACAAUUAUCAAAAGCGUGUUCGGAUAUUGCUAGUGAUCUUCGUUGUUCACGUCAUGCUGAUGAUUUCUGUGAAACUGAUCUCACCCGUUGGAUACAACAAUUAGAUAGACUCAAACACGAGUUAACUACUCGAUCGUCAAUUCAAAUUAUCGAUAACGAACAAUCUGCUAUUCAUGCAAUUAAAAUUCAGAGAUCGGACUUGAAAAAUCAAAUGAUCGUUCCUUAUGAAAGACUAUCAUUAAUACGAGAUUUAUCACCAAUCAAUCGAUUUGCUCGAGAACGGUUCGCGAAAGUCAUCGGACCUGGUAAAAUUCUUGAUAAUGACCUUGUAGUCAAAUGCACAAGUACCAAUCUCGAUUACGCUUUCGUUCUCGGCGAACAAAUGUAUCUUCAUGGUAAACAAACCAUUCGCUUCCGAAUUGGACAAGCAAAAACGCCAUACAAUAUUUUUCUCGGUUGUAUUGCAUCCCAUAUUGCUGAAAACGACACGAAAAUUCAUUACUAUUCGCCAUUUACAGUCGGUUGGUUCGGAUGUAAUGAAAUCUAUCAACACGGCACUGUUAAUUAUAAUUCGAAAGCACAUGGAUAUCGAAGCGAUGAAAUCCUUUCGAACGAUGUGCUACAAUUGACGAUGGAUUGUGACCGAAAACAAAUCGAAUUGUUCCAAGAACGCACCAACAAACAUCAUUGCCUUUCGGUUAAUACGGAUAAAACACCGUUACCAUGGAGAUUCUUGCUGGUUUUGAACCGUCAAAAUGAUUAUAUUAGAAUUUUAUCUUUGUAA